CUGCUCCCGGGCCCCACACAAGAGGUCCAGCGUACAUAUGGUUCCAGGCCAUUCUCUGCUCUCUUGCGCCCUCUACCGACAGACGAGGCCGUAGCCCGGAGCACGCCGACCACACAAAAGGCUAUUCUUUCUGGAGCAUUCUCGUGCAUCAGCGGUAGUACCACUAAAUAAAAUAAAAUAAAAUAAAAAUUUAAAAACCAAGUUUCUAAUUGCAACGUGAUGACUCAUCUCACGGCUGAAAACCACCGUUUGAGGCUGAAUGAUGGGAACAGUAUCCCGCUGAUUGGGCUUGGAACCUACGCUGAUCCCGGAAUGACCCCAAAAGACACGUGUCUCGAGUCUGUGAAAACAGCGAUUGAUGUAGGUUACCGCCACAUUGAUGGAGCUUUUGUGUAUUAUAACGAACAUGAAGUUGGCCAGGCCAUCCGGGAGAAGAUCGCCGAAGGGAAGAUCAAGCGUGAAGACAUCUUUUAUUGUGGCAAGUUGUGGAGCACAUGUCACCCACCCGACCUGGUGCGUCCAACUUUGGAGAACACGCUCAAGGUUUUGCAGCUGGACUACGUGGAUCUCUACAUUAUUGAGCUGCCAAUGGCUUUUAAGCCUGGAGACACCUUCUACCCUAAGGAUGAAAAUGGGAAGUUGAUCUACCACGAAACAGACUUAUGUGCCACUUGGGAGGCUCUGGAAGCAUGUAAAGAUGCAGGGUUGACGAAAUCCAUCGGUGUAUCCAACUUCAACCGUAGGCAACUGGAAAUGAUUCUGAACAAGCCAGGACUGAAGCACAAACCUGUCAGCAACCAGGUUGAAUGCCACCCAUAUUUCACCCAAUCCAAACUUUUAGAAUUCUGCAGUCAACAUGACAUCAUCCUUGUUGGGUACAGCCCUCUGGGAACAUCAAGAGAUGAGAGCUGGGUUAAUGUGUCUUCCCCUCCACUACGGGAUGAUCCCUUGCUGAAGACCAUUGCAAAAAAAUACAGCAAGACAGCAGCUCAGGUGGUGCUCCGCUUCAACGUCCAGCGAGGGGUGGUGGUCAUUCCCAAAAGUUUCAAUCAGGAGCACAUUAGAGAAAACUUCCAGCUCUUUGACUUUUCUCUCACUGACAAAGAAAUGAAAGAAAUUGAGGCUCUGAAUAAAAAUAUCCGCUAUGUGCAGCUGCUCAUGUGGGAAGACCAUCCAGAGUACCCAUUCAGAGAGGAAUACUGAAAAUAAGGCAGAUCUAAGAGUGUAUUCUCAAUCUUUAUUACUUGUUACCUUUUAGUUUUGUAUCUACUAACAGUAAAACUUUAAUCUUUCGAUAAGUCAAAUGACCCAUCCUGCCCCAACCCUCCACUGUAUGUUCCAUGAUGAAUAUGGAAAUUAAGGCCCUUUCAGAGGAACGUUUUUAAUAUGAAUACAGUGUUCAGAUACAAAUAAAAUUGAAAUAUUGUACACUUUGCUAGAGGAGAGUCAAACUGAUUUUUGUUUGAAAUUAGAUUUUAAAAGCAGAAAAUUUUUCAUUGGAAGCCUGAAAACUUGUUAUGUGUAACAAAUAUUAAAGAAUGUUUCUGGUUAAA